AUGUCGGAUAUUUUAACCAUUGAAAAACUUCCUGUGGAAGUAUUGCAACAAAUAUUUAUAUUUUCCAGUAAUCAUAACUUUUGUCUUGUGUCGCGGACCUUCUAUCAAGUUGUCACAACGCAAUCAAGCGUGAAAACGUACUGGCUACUACAUAAAUACAACUACAAUUAUAAGCAAGUGCUAAAUCGUGGGCUUAAAUGGAAGUUCUUCAACAAAGACAUAUUGUUACAAUUGGACCAUCUUUAUUAUCAAUCGCAACAAUCUAAUUCUGAAUUGGCGAAACCCGCCACAUUCAUUCCUUAUAAUGAACGACCCAUUCCAUCACGAUUACUUUCUAAGCCUGAUCCGGAUGGGAAAGCAUACGAGUUGGUAAAAAUUUUAUUGGAACGAGGCGCAUCCCCGGAUGAACCUCAAGGUUAUCCACUAAUGAAAUCUGCAUCGCUUGGAAGGUUAGAUAUGGCUAGACUUUUGCUGUCAUACAAGGCGAAUGGCAGUAUUUGUGUUAAUGAUUAUUCGCCAAUGGUGAUUAGUGUUGGUAAAAACAAUUUUGAUAUGGUAAAAUUAUUAGUGGAGUAUGGAGUGAAACCGGAUGAAAAAUCAUUGGAAAUUAGCGUUAAAAUGAAUUUGAGAGAAAUCACUCAAUUCCUAUUGGAUCACGGCGCAGUUCCAAAUAGAAACGUUAUUGCUGCAAUUCAUAAUGACACCUCUUAA